UUGUUGUGGCUUCGUGAGCAGAAGGGAGGAAACGCCAACCUUUGUCCUGCAAAAAUAAAAGGAUCAGAGAAAACACACACACUCUACUGCAGCCGAGAGUGUAAUGGAAUUCAAUUUGCCGUGGCUGGCCGGUGGAAAAUGCCAUUAUAACUUUCAGCAAACAUUUUUUUCCUCAAACGUGAUUUUUAUGUGGGAGGAGGGUGACUGUCCCAGCUGAGGACCCGUGAAAAUACACGGGUGAUCAUCUUGUUAGCUAACUAUUUAGUAUGCCAGCGUCGUUGCCUUAUUAACUAGCAUUGCCCACUUGCUACAUUUUGUUUGGAAUUGAUCAAUCAGUUGCGAUGCUGAUGAUGUGAUUCUAUUUUAUCACAUCAAUUAGCUAGCUAUGUUUUGAGCUUUAGCAUUGUGGUCCUCGAUAACAUCGUUAGCCACUUUUUUUUUAUUAACUUAGCUAGCGUUAUUUACUUGCGCCAGCAUAGUUAUCUAAAUUAACCCACGUUGCCUGUUAUUUGCAUAGCUAGUGUUAUCAAAUUAUAGUCAUUCAGUUACUUUCUUUACCGAUGCCAUACGAGUUUGUUUUCUGCACUUGAAGUAUCUAGCUAACUGGCUACUUAGCCAGCUAAUUUGGUAAUUGGCUACACCAGCUAGCGCGAGCUGGUGUUAUGUGAACGACGCACACUGGUCCUCGCGCAGCUUUUUCCAGUCUGCGAAAACAAUACUCUGUUUUGAUUAGCCCCUUUGAACCACCGCGAGUGUGAUAAUUGAUGUAUGUAUCUAGCUAGCAAGGUGUUGCCACAUUUUGUUUUGUCUUUAUUUUUGCAUUAUUUUGAAUGCAUAUUUUAUUCGCCGGACAGAACGAUUUUCUUGUUUUAACGUGAGGCGCUGUCUGCCAGCUCCCUACUUAGUGCAUGUGUCCGUUGCUUUUUUUCUGUAUGUUUCUUAGGGCUACACAGCUAGCUUGUCAGUUGCUUAGCUAGCAACAUUUAUUCGCUAUAGUAGUUUGCCGUGGUUAUUGACAUCGGCGAGCAGCACAAAUCGUUUAUGCAUGUGGAACUGCUUUGGAAUAUUUAUUUUUUAGGUUAACUAACGUUAGCUGGCUGUAAUUAAUUACUAUCAGCCAGUGGCGUAUGAUUUGCGCUGGGGGUUUCAUUGUUAGCUAGCUGGCUAAUUGUGUGAAUUCGAUUGUGAGGAAAGGACCUAGGUUUUUUUUUAAAGUAGCUAUGGAUGAUCAGACGCGAAUGCUGGCGGGUCUCGCCGGACUCGGCGGGUUAUCACAAGGCGACGUUGGCGACCAAGACUCGGUUAGGAAACAGCUCGGUCAACCUCAACAAGACAUUGGGGAUAUUCUACAACAGAUUAUGGCCAUCACAGACGAAAGCCUGGACGAGGCGCAGGCCAGAUGCUGGCCAGAGGAGUCGCCGGCGCACUGGGGCGGAUCAGAUGACCCCGCAGAGGGAGGGGGAGCUGGGGGGGGCACGGCAGGGGGUGGCCUGCCACUCAACUUCCAGCACAGGAAACACGCCCUGAACUGUCACAGAAUGAAGCCUGCCCUCUUCAGCGUUCUCUGUGAGAUCAAAGAGAAGACCGUGCUGAGUAUCCGAGGCAUUCAGGAUGAGGACCCCCCAGACCCUCAGAUCAUGCGUCUGGACAACAUGCUGCUGGCCGAGGGCGUGUCUGGCCCGGAGAAGGGCGGGGGCUCGGCUGCAGCAGCUGCGGCCGCUGCAGCAGCAGGAGGGUCGCCCGGUGCCGACGGCGGCAUCGAACACUCAGACUACAGAGCCAAGCUGGCACAGAUCAGACAGAUCUACCACUCUGAGCUGGAGAAAUAUGAACAGGCAUGCAGUGAGUUCACCAACCAUGUGAUGAACCUGCUGAGGGAGCAGAGUCGCACGCGGCCCAUUUCUCCCAAGGAGAUCGAGCGCAUGGUGGCCAUCAUCCACCGCAAGUUCAGCUCCAUCCAGAUGCAGCUCAAACAGAGCACCUGCGAGGCCGUCAUGAUCCUACGCUCCAGAUUCCUUGACGCUAGGCGUAAGAGGCGUAACUUCAACAAGCAGGCUACAGAGGUGCUGAACGAGUACUUCUACUCCCACCUGUCCAAUCCCUACCCCAGUGAGGAGGCCAAAGAAGAGCUGGCCAAGAAGUGUGCCAUCACAGUCUCACAGGUUUCUAAUUGGUUCGGCAACAAGAGAAUACGGUACAAGAAGAACAUUGGGUCGUCGGGGUCAUACAGCUUGUCUCAUGCAGGCGACGCUGCAGCUGCUGCCUACCUUGGCCUGCACCCCUCGAACGUCAACGGGGCUGGGGAGGCCGUCCUCAACAUCGCCCCCUCUCUGCAGCCCCAGGUGGAUACCCUGCACCGUGCUACACACCUGACGGCAGGCUAUGAGGAGCUGACCACUAGCUCCCUCUACGUCCCACGCCGCCUCGACCCUAGCAACAGCUGGCAGGACAACACCCAACCCUCCUCCGUCACCUCUCCACCAGGCCCCCCUGGCAGCGUUCACUCUGACACCUCCAACUGAGACACACACACCUUUUCUUCCACCACAGAGACAGCUUUCUUUUGGUGUCUGCUCUGACCACUACCCACUUACCACCGCCCGCCCCCCCCAUCCUCCUUCCUGCCCGCCUCUCCACUACCGGUCCGGACUGGGCAACUCAUGCCAGGCACUGUACACACUUCUGUGGACCGUUAAGAUGGACAAGUGAACAGAAGACAUUUACCUUCCUUCCAUCCUACAGAAAUUCUGGAGGCUCCUUAGUCUCCUCUCCUAAAAUUCGAUAUGAAGACAGACUGGCGCCUGAUCAUGACAUCAUAACCCCUCGCCGCUUCCAGGACCUUUGGGUAACUACUAACCCAACCAACCUGGCUGUGUAGGGCAGGUGAUGAUCACUGAUGUCUGUACAUUACCUGUGUAUAUGUUCAUGUCAACUCCACACAGUGUUCACAGCCUGUCCAUUACCUAUCCCUUGUGAGGUUCUGGUGUUGAUGCAUGUGAUAGUGGUCACACACUCUAACGCCAGGCGCUGUGGCGAUACGGAUCACAAGACGAGCUCUGCUCACCUUGCUUGUACCAAAGUGAUGUCCUCUCUCCUUCCCCCAACCUGAUAGUUGUCACCCUCCUUCUGUUCCUCUGAGAACCAACUAGUAACACAAAGACACCUUCGAUCUUUUAGUAUUGCUGAUGCUUUCAGUUUGGGGGGACGAUUUUUAAGUGAGUGCUUUAUAGGUCAGAUAUGCACACACCACCCAUAUUUUACAACCCCUCAUAUGGAACAUGGACACAGAUCUGUCAAGCACAAACUUUUGCACCUUUUUCCAGGUGCUUCUACCUGGUGACAGUAGUUCUGGGGAGUUGAGCAUACAGUAGGCUUGAGGACAGGACUGAAGAUGAAGGGAGUGGGGAAAUUAACGAUCCUCUUUAGUCCUCCAGAGGUCGUUUCUAUUGCGUCCCCCUUUCGCUUAGUCAUCAAAAGCUGUAGACUCUUUGUAGACGUUACUUUCCUCUGUCUGUCAACUACUUUUAGUUGAUUGUAGCCCUUUUUUUUUUCUCCUAAUGCUGUUUCACAAAGAAAUGCACCAGCCACCAAAUAAACAAAGUUUGUUGGGAUGGUGAAAUAUGUUUUGUGGCAGAGAUAGCUAUGUCAUUGGGGGGGGGGAAAUGUGACAUGAAAAUGUUUUAAAAUAUUUGUGACAGUCUUCCAAUGCAUGUAGGCUUUUUUAGGUGUUCAGUGAUGGUUCUCAUUUAAAUAUUCAAGUUAUUUAGCUUCUUCACGUUUGUUUUCUCAAAGACACAGACCAAAAAGGAGUAGAUGCGUUAUGCUGUAUGUACAGAGUUCUCAGAUGUCUGUCGGGAGGGCUUAAUAAAUACGGCCCAGCCUUAUGGUGUAAGUCUGGGCUGUAUUCAUUAGGAACAAAACUGUCUGAAACAGGGAGGGACUUACCUGAAUUUGUCCAACAAGAAAUGCUUGUUUUCGUUUGCCUUUGCUACGGUGCGAAACAUUUAGCUUACGGUGUACACUAAUGAAUAGGACCCUGGGUUUAUACUCCACCAAACGGUCUCUGGAUCAGAACUUUCCUGGGGUGUGCGACGUGCACCGAAGUGCGUGAAGUCACAAAGCGGUUAUGGAGUACAUCUAGUGUAGAUUCAGCCUUUACAUAUAUAUUUUUAAUCAGUUCUUUGGUGUAUUUAACAACUGUGGCCUCCCCACUAGCAGGGUAUUGUUCAGUAGGGCGAAAACCUUUUAAAACCAAGUGAUAUGGGGAGAUGCUACUGCCUGAACUUAGCCAAUAGGGACAAGUCCCCAGUCCAGACAUGCUUGAAAACUAGCAUCUACUCAUAAUAAUCUGUUUAGCUCACAGGCUACACUACAACUUUGCGUCGUACCAAAAAUACCAGUUAUCAAUAAUGUAAUUAUGAUGAUUAUAUUUCACACCAAAAAGUUGGUGAAUAAAAAGUCUCCAGUUUUGGUAGAGGGAAUUGUAUUUGUAUUUUUUUUUAAAUGGUAUUGUCAGGCCUAAUGGUGUUUAAGUUUGGGGUUAUAUGGGGGGGGGGGGGGGGGCUGUUAUGUCCGUCACACCAGUGCUAAAGAAUUGAUUGUAUCGUUGCUGUGGAGACAGAGCAUCGUUGCCGUAGAGAGCACCUGUUCCAUGGGAAGGCAUGUUUUCUCCCUUGACUCCAUCUCAGAAUCCGCUGGUAAAAAUGGGUCCUAUUGGUUAGCCCUAUGAUAUGGCCAAUCAGCAAGGGCUUUACUGUUCUUAAUAACUUUUACCAAAAAGGCAGCACUGGUUUUAUGAUAAACAAGGUAGUCUUUAGAGUCAAAUCAGAGUUUAUCUAUCAUUUCUUUUUGUAGUUUUUAUUCAGCUUUUUUUUWAAUUCUUUUUUUACAAUCAUACAUCAACUGUUAAGAGUACCGGGCAUUUUGAUAAAGAAAGGACAAACUCUAUAUAUUAAACAUAUAUACAGACAUUUUAAAUGUAAAAUUGGGGUUUUGUUAAAUACAGACAUCGUUACAGAGAGCUCUUAUAUUGUAUUACCCAAAUUAGUGUCCUUGUUUACUGUCAUAUUAUAAACAUUUCAUAUGGCUUAUAUCUCACAAAUAAUGCUACCACUACUACACCAAAUUAGUCCUCUCUUCCUGUCUUUUUCUACCAGUCAUAAAUGGAUGUCACUGUACAGAUUGUGGAAUGUUUGUUUUUCUCUUUUUAUAAACCCAAUGCUUUAUUUUUGCUUUUCCUUUUGGGUGAAUUGCCUGGUUGUUUGGUCAUUAAUGUUCUCCUGAGGUUGGGGUCAAGUUAUUUUAUUUUUUAUGAUUAUUUGCAUAUUUUAAUUUGUUAGUUGGGGUUGCAGUGUGGGGGUUAUGGGUAUUGUAGUUUGGUGCUGUGUAAAUUCCAAUUGGAACUUGAGAAAAAACGUCCUUCACACACAUUUUAGAAAUCCCUCGAUUUCCCUUAUCCAUUUAAUUUCAGCCAUUCAGUCAGGAUUGACCCCAUUUGAUAUGGUUACCCAUCAUUGGUGAAUUUGAGUUCUCCCAGUAUUUUGUAGUAACGGUACAGUUCAAUGCAAAAAUAGAGCUACACAGGUUGAGCCAAUACUGAGUCAACCUACUGUAGGAUUCUACCACAGAAUAUUCUACCAUUCUAAUUCUUUGAUUCUACCUGCGACCGUAGAAUUCCACAGUACCAAAUCAAACGAUAAAAGGUUUACUGUAAUGUGUCAUUUGUUUUAUUAGUAUCUUUGUAUAUUUCUCCCUCUUCGUACCACUGUAUUUUAAAUACCACCUCGUCUCUCUCUACCUCUGUCUCUCAGUUUCUCUUGUAUAUAAAACCCCACUGUUUCAAGACCUGUGAGUCUGUAUGAACUCCUUUUAUACCUCAACUUUAGAAUUGUUCUAGAACGAGUAUUAAGAAUGACAAGUUGUAGUGCUCCUUAUUAGAAGAAAAAAACAAAUAAAAUAUUUGUGCUUUUCAUUA